AUGAAGUUCUCGACCGCUCUCGCCGGCGCCUCCCUCGUGGGGUACUUCCCGCCGGGUUCCGUCCCGUCGCGUCCAUCAUCCGAAUCCAUCUCGGGCAAGGGCGAAAAAAUCUUCUACUCCAACAACGGCACUGAAUUCUCCAUCCGUGGUGUCGCCUACCAACAGGAAUACUCCACCAACGGUACCUCCGAGUCCAACAGCGACUAUGUCGACCCCUUGGCCGACAACUCCAAAUGUGAGCGCGACAUUCCCUACCUCAAGGAGCUCCGCACCAACGUCAUUCGGACCUACGCUGUCGACCCCACCGCCAACCACGACCGUUGCAUGAAGCUCCUGGAUGAGGCCGGCAUCUACCUGAUCACUGAUCUGUCCGCCCCCUCCGACUCCAUCAACCGUGCGGACCCUCAGUGGAACACCGACCUCUACGAGCGCUACACCAGCGUCAUCGAUGCCUUUGCCAACUACACCAACGUCAUCGGUUUCUUCGCCGGUAACGAGGUCGCCAACGACAACAACAACACCAACUCCAUCGCCUACGUCAAGGCCGCCGUGCGUGACAUGAAGGCCUACAUCAAGGCCAAGAACUACCGCACCUCUCUGGCCAUUGGCUACGCCACCGAUGAUGACGCCAACAUCCGUGACGACCUCAAGGACUACCUCGUCUGCGGCGACACCGACUCCCGCAUCGACAUGUUUGGCUACAACAUCUACGAGUGGUGCGCCCGUACCGAGGAGUUCAAGGACUUCCCCGUCCCUGCCUUCUUCUCCGAGUACGGAUGCAACGACCCCCAGCCGCGCAAGUUCACCGACGUCCCCGUGCUCUUUGGUCCCCAGAUGAACGACGUCUGGGCCGGUGGUAUCGUCUACAUGUACUUCCAGGAGGCCAACAACUACGGUCUGGUCAACGUCGAUGGCGACACCGUCAAGACCCGCGCCGACUUCUCCUACCUGUCGUCCCAGAUGCAGAAGGUGACCGCCACCGGAGUGAACAGCGCCAGCUACACGGCCACCGCCGCCGUCACCCCCAGCUGCCCCGCCGUCAACACGGACUGGGAGGCCUCGGACGACCUCCCGCCCUCGCCCAACCCGGAUCUCUGCACCUGCAUGGUCAAGUCCCUCUCCUGCGUGGUGAAGGACUCGGUCAAGGAGAAGGACUAUGGUGACCUGUUUGACUACAUCUGCGCCAAGGGCGACUGCGCCGGCAUCGCCUCCAACUCCACCAAGGGCGACUACGGUGCCUACAGCGUCUGCUCCUCCAAGGACCAGCUGUCCUUCGUCAUGGACCGCUACUACCAGGCCCAGAACAAGGCCUCGGAUGCUUGUGACUUCAACGGCUCCGGCCAGACCCAGAAGUCCUCCAGCCCCGACAGCUGCACCUCUCUGCUGAAGCAGGCGGGCUCUGCCGGCACCGGCACCGUGACCGCCUCGCCCACCGCUGGUGGCACCGGCAGCAUGGCCAGCUCCACCUCGGAGGGGGCUGCGGGCGUUGCGGCCAGCCCCAUGGCCGUCAAGGUCGGCAGCUGGCAGAUGGGUGCCUACCUGAUGACUGCUCUGGUUGCGGGUGUGGGCAUGAUCCUGUUUAUCUAUGAUCUCUACCUAAUGACGGAUCUCACCGAGUCGGCCAUCUCCCCCGAGCCGGUUGCGGAGAGUUCGGCCACACAAACGGCAUGCCGAGCGCCCGGAAAUGUCUCCGUGAGAGGACGACUAUUUAUAUCAGAGACUGCACGAUGCACGAUCUGCGGGGUUAUACACUAUCCUCCCUCAUGGCCGGCCAUGGGACCAACAUCGGAAUUUGCCGUGCGCUCAUCCGCCUCGUCCCUGGACGAAGAAGGGGGGGACGUCCCCGGAUCGACUCUCGAACCACAAAAGUCCAACCCCCAGGGAAAAGGAUACGACCUACCCACCUGGCGCAAAUGCAUCAUCCUGUUUGUCGUCAGCUGGAUGACGCUGGCGGUCACCUUCUCCAGCACGUCUCUGCUGCCCGCAACGCCGGAGAUCGCCGCCGAGUUCAACACCACCGCCGAAACCCUCAACAUCACCAAUGCCGGCGUGCUGCUGGCCAUGGGCUUCUCAUCGCUGAUCUGGGGGCCACUGAAUAACCUCAUCGGCCGCCGCCAUGCGUACAACCUGGCCAUCCUGGUCCUGUGCGCCUGCUCCGCCGGCACCGCCGCCUCCAUCAACCUGCACAUGUUCACGGCCAUGCGCGUGCUGAGCGGACUGACCGGCACGUCAUUCAUGGUCUCGGGGCAGACUAUCCUCGCGGAUAUUUUCGAGCCAGUCGUGCGCGGCACAGCCGUCGGCUUCUUCAUGACAGGCACCGUCUGCGGCCCCGCCAUCGGCCCCUGCAUCGGCGGCAUCAUCGUCACCUUUUCCAGCUGGCGCAUCAUCUACUGGCUGCAGCUGGGCAUGACGGGGCUGGGCCUGGCGCUGUCCGUGCUGUUUGUGCCGAGCAUCCAGCCCGAAACGAAGAGCAGCGCGCCGCGGUCCGCGACCGAACGCCUCGCCCUGUUCAAUCCCAUGCGCAUCCUGCGCCAAUACGUCUACCCCAAUGUCUUUCUCUGCGUACGCCCCUCUCCUCCCAGCCUCCAGCCGCAAGACCACAGCUAA